AUGGAUGCGGAUAAGAGGGAAGCCGAUCUUAAGGGCAAGACGGUGUUCGUGCGAUGCGACUUGAACGUGCCGCUCGAUGCUGACCUUAACAUCACCGACGACACGCGCAUCCGCGCCGCCGUCCCGACCCUCGAGUACUUGACCAAGAACGGUGCCAAGGUUUUGGUCACCUCUCACUUGGGCCGCCCGAAGUCUGGCCCGGAGGACAAGUUCCGCCUCACGCCGGUCGCCGCGCGCCUCUCCGAGAAGAUGUCCUGCCCGGUCGCCAAGGUUGACGACUGCAUCGGUGAUGAAGUCGCCUCCGCCGUGUCCAAGAUGGCCAACGGCUCUAUCCUCUUGCUCGAGAACACCCGCUUCUACAAGGAAGAAGAGAAGAACGACCCGACCUUUGCCCAAAAGCUCAUCGGCUCGGCGGAGAUCUACGUCAACGACGCCUUCGGUACCGCGCACCGCGCGCACGCCUCCACGGAAGGUGUGACCAAGUACUGCAAGACCAACGUCGCUGGUUUCUUGCUCCAAAAGGAACUCGAUUACCUUGACGGUGCCGUCAAGAACCCGCAACGCCCGUUCUGCGCCAUCGUCGGUGGCUCCAAGGUGUCCUCCAAGAUUGGCGUCAUCGAGUCCUUGCUCCAAAAGACCGACAAGAUCAUCCUCGGCGGUGGUAUGAUCUUCACCUUCUACAAGGCGCUCGGUAAGUCCGUCGGCUCCUCCCUCGUUGAAGAUGACAAGAUCGAGCUCGCGAAGGAACUCAUGGCCAAGGCUGAGGCCAAGGGCGUGAAGAUCUUGCUCCCGACGGAUGUCGUCGUCGCCGACAAGUUCGCCGCCGACGCCAACACGAAGAUCGUCUCCGUCGACGCCAUCCCGGAUGGCUGGAUGGGUCUCGACAUCGGUCCGGACUCCGUCGCUUCGUUCCAAAAGGAACUCAACGAGUGCAAGUCCGUCAUCUGGAACGGUCCGAUGGGCGUGUUCGAAAUGGAAGCCUUCGCCAAGGGUACCUUCGCCAUCGCGGACACCCUCGCCAACUUGAACGGCAUCACCAUCAUCGGUGGUGGUGACUCCGUCGCCGCGGUCGAAAAGGCUGGCCUCGCCGACAAGAUGUCCCACAUCUCCACCGGUGGCGGUGCCUCCCUCGAAUUGCUCGAGGGCCUCGUCCUCCCGGGUGUCGCCGCGCUCGACGAAAAGUAA